CUGCGGCCGGCUCGCGGGCCCGGGAGCGGCGGCGGAGCGCAGGAGGCGGAGCGGCGGGGCCCGGGCCGGCUGGAGCGCGGUCGCCGAGCGCACGGGCCGCGGCCGCGCGGAGCCCGCCAUGCCGGCGCGGGUCUGAGGCGCGGCGAGCCAGGGCCGAGGCGAGCGGCGGGCGCGCCGGCCUGUCGCCCCGCAGCGGCCCGGCCCGGGCCCGAUGAGCGGCGGCCUGGGGCUCCGGCGCAGCCCGGAAAUGUCCGGCAAGAUCGAGAAAGCAGACUCCCAGCGUUCUCAUCUCUCUUCCUUCACCAUGAAGCUGAUGGACAAAUUCCACUCACCCAAAAUCAAAAGAACGCCAUCAAAGAAAGGAAAACCAGCUGAAGUGUCUGUGAAGACUCCAGAGAAGCCUGUGAACAAAGAGGCAACAGACAGAUUUCUGCCAGAGGGCUACCCUAUCCCCUUGGAUCUGGAGCAGCAGGCAGUAGAAUUUAUGUCCACCAGUGCUGUGGCUUCCAGGUCUCAAAGGCAGAAGAACCUGAGCUGGCUGGAAGAGAAAGAAAAGGAAGUUGUCAGUGCCUUGAGAUACUUUAAAACGAUUGUGGACAAAAUGGCCAUUGAUAAGAAGGUACUGGAGAUGCUUCCAGGGUCAGCCAGCAAAGUGCUAGAGGCCAUCUUACCCUUGGUGCAGAGCGAUCCUCGAAUUCAGCACAGCUCUGCCCUUUCCUCCUGCUAUAGCCGUGUGUACCAAAGUCUCGCCAAUCUCAUUCGUUGGUCAGACCAAGUGAUGUUAGAAGGAGUGAACUCAGAAGAUAAAGAGAUGGUGACCACUGUGAAGGGCGUCAUCAAGGCUGUGCUGGACGGAGUGAAGGAGCUGGUCAGACUGACCAUCGAGAAGCAGGGGCGUCCAUCGCCAACGAGCCCAGUGAAGCCCAGUUCUCCAGCCGGCAAGCCUGACGGUCCGUCUGAGCUCCCCCUGUCAGACCGAGAGAUGGAGAUCCUAACCAAGACGGCGGGGGUGUCACAGCCCGCUGAGCCCCUCCCAGAUGCCACGGAUGAUGAGGUGGCACCCCCCAAGCCCCCUUUGCCCGGUAUUCGGGUGGUUGAUAACAGUCCCCCACCAGCAUUACCACCCAAGAAAAGACAGUCGGCACCUUCUCCUACCCGAGUGGCUGUGGUGGCCCCCAUGAGUCGAGCCACCAGUGGCUCCAGUUUGCCUGUUGGGAUUAAUAGGCAGGAUUUUGAUGUUGACUGUUACACACAGCGGCGACUGUCAGGAGGCAGCCACUCCUACGGCGGGGAGUCGCCCCGCCUCUCCCCCUGCAGCAGCAUCGGCAAGCUCAGCAAGUCAGACGAGCAGCUGUCCUCUCUGGACAGGGAUAGUGGACAGUGCUCCCGGAACACAAGCUGUGAAACACUAGAUCACUACGAUCCUGACUAUGAGUUCCUGCAGCAAGACCUCUCAAAUGUAGACCAGAUACCUCAGCAAGUGGCCUGUAACCUUAGUCCAUUGCCAGAGUCCUUGGGGGAGUCUGGGUCUCCCUUUCUUAGCCAUCCUUUCCAGCUGCCUCUUGGCAGCUGUCCCCAACCGGAGGGGCCCUUGGCCCCAGGACAGCAGACAGACGUGCCACCUGCUCUCCCAGAGAAGAAGCGCAGAAGUGCAGCCUCCCAGACCAUGGACAGCUCUGGCUGCAGGGUGUCCUACGAGCGGCACCCCUCACAGUAUGACAACAUCUCCGAGGAUGACCUGCAGAACCCAGCCCCACUCCAGCCCAUCCCCUACACGCCCUUUGCUGCUAUUCUCCCUUUUCAGCAAGGAGGUUCCUCAGCCCCUGUUGAAUUUGUGGGCGAUUUCACUGCUCCUGAAUCAACAGGUGACCCAGAAAAACCACCUCCUCUACCAGAGAAGAAAAACAAACACAUGCUGGCCUACAUGCAGCUGCUCGAGGACUACUCAGAGCCACAGCCCUCCAUGUUCUACCAGACUCCACAGAACGAGCACAUCUACCAGCAGAAGAACAAGCUCCUGAUGGAGGUCUAUGGCUUCAACGACUCCUUCAGCACGGGGGACUCCACGCAGGAGCUGGCCCCGCCACCCGCCCUGCCCCCCAAGCAGCGGCAGCUGCAGGCCUCCUAUGCUGCUUCUUCCUUCUCCUCUGUCUCCUACUGUGUCCAGCAAACUAAAGUGGCCUUCACCCCCGAGGACGGCAGUGCCGCUCAGGGCCUCAGUGUGUCCGUCUCUAACUCCUUUCUCAGCCGGCAUGGCAGUUUACCUGUGCCCUCGUAUAAAUCUGUGUUUAGGUCCUACUCCCAGGAUUUCGUGCCUCACCACCAAGCUUCCAUUCAACCUUUCCUUCCGCCUACCUCCUCCUCCUCUCCACAUUUCCCACCUGCCCACCAGUCUCAGAGCUCUGACCUAGCGGUGCCAACUGUGGCCAGUCCGCCUCCCAGCACCGUGGACGGGCCUCUCUCAUCCUCUCAGGAGAGCAGCUUUCAUGGGAAUGCUGUCUGCCUUCCUUCCGAAAACUCUUUCACUGACUCGAGUGAAAACGCCAGUGAGGAAGCUGGUGAGGGUGAAUAUGUCAGUCUGUGUUCCUCUGGCCAGAGCAGUGAGGAGCUGGCUCCCUCCCGAGGAGACCCACCAGCUGGGAAAGACGGACAUCCCAGAGAUCCCUCAGCAGUCCGCAGUGUACCUGGGAAGGACAGCAGAGAUGGGAGUGAGAGGGCCCUAAAGUCACCGGAUACUCUGGAGUCAGCUGAGUCAGAGGAGGAGGUGGAUGAGCUAUCCCUCAUUGACCACAGCGAGAUUAUGGCCAGAUUGACACUGAAGCAAGAGGGUGACGACGGGCCAGAUGUCCGUGGAGGAUCUGGGGACAUCUUACUGGUCCACGCUACGGAGACAGACAGGAAAGACUUGGUGUUGUACUGUGAGGCCUUCCUGACCACCUACCGGACCUUCAUCACGCCCGAGGAGCUCAUCAAGAAGCUGCAGUACAGAUACGAGAAGUUCUCUCCCUUCGCCGAUACAUUCAAGAAGCGCGUCAGCAAGAACACGUUCUUCGUGCUGGUCCGGGUGGUGGAUGAGCUCUGCCUCGUGGAGCUGACAGAGGACAUCUUGAGGCUGCUGAUGGAGCUGGUCUUCCGCCUGGUGUGCAGCGGGGAGCUCAGCCUGGCUCGUGUGCUCCGCAAGAACAUCCUGGACAAGGUGGACCAGAAGAAGCUGCUCAGGUGUGCCAACUCCGACCAGCCCCUGGCAGCCAGGGGGGUGGCAGCCAGGCCAGGGACCUUGCAUGACUUUCACAGCCACGAAAUAGCCGAGCAGCUGACACUGCUGGAUGCUGAGCUCUUCUAUAAAAUAGAGAUUCCCGAGGUUUUGCUUUGGGCAAAAGAGCAGAAUGAGGAGAAGAGCCCCAACUUGACACAGUUCACAGAGCACUUCAACAACAUGUCCUACUGGGUCCGGUCAAUAAUCAUGUUACAGGAAAAGGCCCAGGACAGGGAACGGCUGCUGUUGAAGUUCAUCAAGAUCAUGAAGCACUUACGGAAACUGAAUAACUUCAACUCCUACCUGGCCAUUCUCUCAGCGCUAGACUCAGCACCCAUCCGCAGGCUGGAGUGGCAGAAACAGACCUCAGAGGGCCUGGCUGAGUACUGCACGCUCAUUGACAGCUCGUCCUCCUUCCGGGCCUACCGGGCUGCCCUCUCGGACGUGGAGCCUCCAUGCAUCCCGUACCUGGGGCUGAUCCUGCAGGACCUGACCUUCGUCCACCUAGGAAACCCAGACUACAUCGACGGGAAGGUGAACUUCUCUAAGCGAUGGCAGCAGUUCAACAUCCUGGACAGUAUGCGGUGCUUCCAGCAGGCGCAUUAUGACAUCCGGAGAAACGAUGACAUCAUAAACUUCUUCAAUGACUUUAGUGACCACCUGGCCGAGGAGGCCCUAUGGGAACUCUCUCUGAAAAUCAAACCCAGGAACAUAACGAGGAGAAAAACAGACCGGGAAGAGAAGAUCUAGGAGAAGGCUCCAGAUAGAGACCCAUGCUCAGGGCACAGAGUGGCCACAGCUGGGGCACUGGGGACCCAUCGGGAGCUGCACAAGUCCCGGCCCCUCCGUCACAAAGCCUGGCUGAGCCGGCACUGCUGCCAGCAGCUUCCUGCCUCCCUCCCUGGGGAGCAGACCCGAGUGCAUGGAGCCAGAGGCAGGCCUGCUGCUGAUGGCCGUGGUCUCCUGGGUGGAUUUUGUUUUCUGCUUUCACUCCUAUCUUUCCCCUCUCACCUUCUGUCCCACACACUCCCCUGCAGCACAGGAGCAGCUGGGAUGUCAUCAGCAAACUAAGGAACAGCGGGGGAGUGGAGGCCUGAGGCCUCUGGGUUGCUGCAGGCCCCUUGCACUUUCCAUUUCCUGCUUCUUAGAUGUGGAGGCUGGUGUGAGUCGUUCAUCUGGCCCAGGAAGGUACAGCAGGCACCUCAGCCACCCUGUGACUGGCACUCCUGGUCAUGGUACUGGUGCCCACAGGGCCUCCCUUGUUGCCCUGUCACCCCCCACCCCAGUCGCCAGGCCCCUCCCCACACAGCCUCCUGGGCCUCUGGGGAGCUGGAAGAGGAGUGUGAAGGGAGGGAGGGACAUGGUUAGAGACGGUUGUUGCUGGGAGUCUUGGAGUUUAACCUUAUCUAAAGAGGUGCCAGAGCUGAACUGGUGGGGGGCUGACUCCGAGGGGGUGGAGGAGCUGUUUUGUCUGGGAGAGGCCAGUGGCCCUGCCCUGCCCUGUCGUUUGCUGUGUGCCUUAAACCUUAUCUCCUGCCUCCCCCAUCUCCAGCUUCCCUCCUACUGUGCCCAUCCUGGGGCCUAGCCAGGCACCUCUGGUUCUCAAGACCUCUCUGCCAGUGCUGUCAGUGUCCCCUGGGAAGGGCAGGUGUCCCCGAGAGGCCCAGGAGGCAGGCCCUGGGGUGCAGGGAGGCUAGGGGUUUAGCUGCAGAGGUGCUCCUGAGGCUGAGCAGCACAGGCUGUUUCUUCUACUGAAAGCGUCUUUGGAAGCAGGUACUUCUCCAUCUUCCUUAAAAACCAUUCUCCCUGCUGAGGUUGACAAUCUGGGGCAAGGUUUGCAGAGGUGUUCAGCAAACAGGUUCCCACUGGAACCUCCCAAGGCCAGCCUGGCCCUGGAGGGGCGCCCCUCCCUGCCCAAGCUUGUUUUGCAUCAUGAGCCCUCACUUCUCCUGGGCAUGUGAAUCCCAGGCUAGUGAACCCCAGGAUCCAACUGUGCUUACUCAGCCUGGUUUCAGCCGGGGCUGGGUUUGAACCCACCACCUCCCAUAUAUGGGGCCGGUGCCCUACUCCUUUGAGCCACAGGCGCUGCCCGUAUUUAGAUUUUUUAAACAACCAUGUCACUCUGAGUCCUUCGUGAGUCUUCAGCAGCAUUUAUCAAGAAGAAAAUCGGGGCUGCUUUUUCCUCUUUUGUGUUUGUCCUGUACAUACAUAGAGGGAGGGCACCCUCUGGCAGCAGCCCUGCCGGGUGGCGGGGACCUGCCACCUCAUUAUUUAAGGAGCGUGUGUGUAGCCGCUGGUUAUUAACAGUGUUGUGUGUGGGCUGGGUUUUUAGUUUGUUCCUCUUCUCUAAGCCCCGUCAUUGCAUCUUUGCCCCCGCUCCCUCCCUCGCCUAGCUCUAUUGAAUGCUGCGUGUGACGGCCGCUGUGCACACUGGCCCUGGGGUUGUGUGAACUGAAAUUCUCCCCAUUAACACGAGAGCCCCACACAGGCCCCUCUGUGGCGCAAACCAGAAACCCAGCCUGCACCCCCAGCAGCAGGAGCAGACCCUUGUUUUCAGGCAUGAGCUGGACAAAGGGGUGGGGGCUCUCUUCACCUUCCCUGAAUUUGGAAUAGAACCCCAUGCCCAUUCCCAGAGUGCCCAAGCAUCUUCCUGGGAGCCAUGAGCAGAAGGGUCCCAGCAGCAGGUGGGCAGUGCCAGGUGACCCCUUGAGUGAGGACAGAGGUGCAAUGUGUGUCUUUAACUUAUUGGCUGACCGGCGCCCCCACAGCUCUGGUCACUGCCAGUCUUGCACUUAGAGCUGCAGGUUGGCUGUGACUUUGGCCUGCUGCCACCCACCCCGAGGGGGGUGGUUGUGGGAAUUGUCCUCACGGACAGGUGGAGGAUUCGGUCCAAUUCUCACCCGCACUAUGGGUGGAGCCAGGCAGGGGGCAGGCACACGCUGACUGCCCGAGACACAGCGUCCCAUUGUAAUAUAUCCCCAACUAACCAGGCCAAUGGUGGCAUCUUCCUGCAGACAUUUCAAAUGUGUAACUUUUAUACAGAAAAAAUAAAAGAGACGAAAGCUGUCUGAG